AUGUGUUUCUAUUUUGGAAUGCCUCCUGCAAGUCUGCGCCAACUGAACGACCCAUCGCGAGUCUGGAUACCGGGCAUCAUUCAGAGCAUCGCGACCUUCCUGCCACCCAACGAAGUUGCUGGUACUCUUCGCCUCGUAAAUAAAGAUACCGCGAAGCAACUUGUCGAAUUCAAAACACUUCAGCUGUCGCGCCCGUCACCGCGCCACGCAUUUUCUCACCGCUGGGGCGUCCCGGCAGCUUUCCGCGAGCUCGAUCACAUCUCCCAAGUGCGACUUCAAUGCCUCACGGCCGCAAGCGGCAGCAUUGAAAACAUGGAAGUGGUUCUCAUGAGCAGCGCCGGUACCUUUUCCCCACUAGCUGCCGGCGCUCUUCUGGGCACUGCCGCGGCCGCCGGCCAGCUGGAGAUGUGCCAAUGGCUGAGGGCGCACGGCUGCGGAUGGGGCAACGCGCUUUCCAAGGCCUCCAAGGCCGGUCACCUGCGCGUGUGCCAGUGGAUGCUGGCGAGCGGAUGCCCCUGCGACGCUGCAGCGGUGUAUGCAGCGGAGCGUGGCGGCCACGAAGACAUGAGUGCCUGGCUCUUGGAACAACGAGGCGAAGUGGACUUGUGCCUCAAAGUUGACCUGGUCAAACUCGCGGAAGCGGCAGCGGAGGGGUUCAGCCUCGCAGUUCUCCAGCGCCGUCACGGUCCGAUAAUGCAGGUGCCCUUCGGCUCGAUGCUCUAUUGGGACGAACACACAGGUGCCCGCAUCAUCGCUGCCGCAGCCUGCAGCCCCACGCCCGACUGGCAUGCCAAGGUGGAAUGGCUGGAGAAACUUUUUGAUCUACAUCAUAGGCCUGUUGAGCCCUGCGUGGCGGUUGCCGGCCGGCUUAACGAUGACGGCGAUGCAACCAGCAGGCUGAAGUGGCUGCACGACCGCGGCUAUCCAUUGAGCGAAAGAGCGGCGGCCGAGGCCGCCGCAUGCGGGAAUUUAUCGGCCCUGCGAUAUAUCACUCAGCGAGGUGGACCGGGUUCGCGAUCCCCAGGCUACCUGGUCGCCUCGGCGGCCCUGGGCAGGCACACCGCUGUACUUGAGUAUCUCCACACCGCCUGCGGAUGGGAGGUGGGCCAAGGUCACCGCGGCAUUCGCGGUUUGGUCGGCGUGGGUGCCCUCGACGGCCAUGUGCCGCUGGUGCUAUGGGCAGCGGACGCGCUGGGCGUGGGCUUGGCGGGUGUCGGCGGCGAGUUGUUUGACCUGGCAGCGCUGGGAGGCAGCUUGGAGAUGAUGUCUUGGCUUCGCCAGCGGGGCUGCGGCUGGGGUCAUGUGGCGGUGUCUGGCACCGCACUGUUUGGCUCUGAGGCGGCGCUGGAGUGGCUGGCGGACCAGGGCUGCCCUUUCCCGGAGCACGACCGCCAACUCAACAAACUUAUUCCUUGCAUCCGUAACAACUCGCGCAUUGCCCGCGGCUGCUGGUCUUUGCUUUAUGACUCGCAGACGAAUGGCAAGCCCUACGUGUUUGCGGCCAAGCGGUGCGAUCCGGCCAUCAUCCGCUGUUUACACCGGCUGGGCUGUCCCUGGAGCGCGCAAACCCUGGUGGACUGCAUUCGCAACAGCCUGCCGGUCCCCAUGAUGCAUCUGAUGUUGGAGCUGGGUUGUCCCGUGGACUGGUAUGAAGCGGCGCAGGCGGCUGCGACGACAGGUCGGGAUGGGGAGUACCGAAGAGAGCUGCUGACCUGGCUGAGGGAGGAACAGCAAAAGCAGCGGCUGGCGCAAGGCCUUGCCACCGCCGCUGCCGCCGCAGAAGCAGAAGCAGCAGCCAGAUGA